CAAGGACCCCGCAUUCACUAUAUCUGGUUUCCCACAGACCCUGCAUUCACUAUAUCUGGUCACCCCGGACCCUGCAUUCACUAUAUCUGGUCUCCCUGGACCCCGCAUUCACUAUAUCCGCUCUCCCCAGACCCCGCAUUCACUAUAUCCUCUCUCCCCGGACCCCGCAUUCACUAUAUCCGCUCUCCCCGGACCCCGCAUUCACUAUAUCCGCUCUCCCCGGACCCUGCAUUCACUAUAUCUGGUCACCCCGAACCCUGCAUUCACUAUAUCUGGUCUCCCCGGACCCUGCAUUCACUAUAUCCGGUCUCCCCGGACCCUGCAUUCACUAUAUCUGGUCUCCCCGGACCCCGCAUUCACUAUAUCUGGUCUCCCCGGACCCUGCAUUCACUGUAUCUGCUCUCCCUGGACCCCGCAUUCACUAUAUCCGGUCUCCCCAGACCCGGCAUUCACUACAUCUGGUCUACCACAGCACACAUAACAUGGAAAUGCAAUUAUUUUAGUAAAUAUAAACUGCUAAAUACCUUUUCUCAUCAGCAGUAUAUAGGAGUCUUGCGACUUCUAUCAGUAUCCAGCAGAGCACUGGUUAAAGCUUGUAGGAGGAGUUUUUAUUGCCCCCUGAUUGUCCUGUGAGGCUGCAAAACCCCUGACCCUCUGGACAGUGCUGAUUGGCCCUGUGCUGAUCACAUGCACCCUGCCAAGAAAAAAAAAAAAAACCUCUGUAGCAAUACACACCAAGCCGAGCAUGUGCAGCUUGCCCCCAAGACUCUGUUCUAUCAGCAGAUGGAUUGGGGACAGUAGAAGAAGCAGAUGAUCAGAGAAUACAGGAUCAAAUAGCCUUUUUACACAAUGCAGAGGAUUAA